GAGUAUAGAUUGUGGAGAGACUCUGCCUCCAUUGGAGCCUGCGCUGCCAGGCAGCAGAGUUGUCAUAAAGAGUGCAGCAGAAACCUGGGACUUUGAGCUCUAAGGUGGCCAUGGGUGAACCGAGGCUGAACUGGGAUGUUUCCCCAAAAAAUGGCCUUAAGACAUUUUUCUCUCGAGAAAAUUAUAAAGAUCAUUCUAUGGCUCCAAGUUUAAAAGAAUUAUGUAUUUUAUCUAACAGACGUAUAGGAGAAAAUUUGAAUGCCUCAGCAAGUGCUGUGGAAAAUGAGCCAGCAGUUAGUUCAGCAGCUCAAGCAAAGGAAAAAGUUAAAACCACAGUUGGAAUGGUUCUUCUUCCAAAACCAAGAGUUCCUUAUCCUCGUUUCUCUCGUUUCUCACAGAGAGAACAGAGGAAUUACGUGGAUUUGUUGGUAAAAUAUGCAAAGAUUCCUGCAAAUUCCAAAGAUGUUGGAAUAAAUAAAAAUGACUAUUUGCAAUACUUGGAUAUGAAAAAGCAAGUGAGUGAAGAAGUUACUGAAUUCCUAAAGUUUUUGCAGAAUUCUGCAAAGAAAUGUGCACAGGAUUAUAAUAUGCUUUCUGAAGAUGCUCGUCUCUUCACAGAGCAAAUUUUAAAAGCUUGCAUUGAACAAGUAAAAAAGUAUCCAGAAUUCUAUACUCUCCAUGAAGUUACCAGCUUAAUGGGAUUCUUCCCAUUCAGAACAGAGAUGGGAUUAAAGUUAGAAAAGACUCUUCUUGCAUUGGGCAAUGUAAAAUAUGUGAAAACAGUAUUUCCCUCAAUGCCUGCGAAGCUACAGCUGACAAAAGAUCACAUAGCUGCCAUUGAAACACCAGAACAAGUAGCUACAGCUAUGCAUGAUGAUAUUAGUAAAGAUCCCAACGCAGAAAAGCUUGUUUCAAGGUAUCAUCCACAAAUUGCUCUAACUAGUCAAUCAUUAUUUACCUUAUUAAAUAAUUAUGGACCAAGCUACAAGGAACAGUGGGAAAUUCCUGUGUGUGUUCAACUAAUACCUGUUGCAGGUUCAAAGCCAGUUAAAGUAAUUUAUAUUAAUUCACCACUUCCCCGAAAGAAAAUGACAAUGAGAGAGAGAAAUCAAGUCUUUCAUGAAGUUCCAUUAAAAUUUAUGAUGUCCAAAAACUCAUCUGUUCCAGUCUCUGCAGUAUUUAUGGAUAAACCUGAAGAGUGUAUAUCUGAAGUGGAUAUGUCUUAUGAAGUUAAUGAGUGCCGAAAAAUUGAAACACUUGAAAAUUUGGAUCUGGAUUUUGAUGAUGAUGUCACAGAACUUGAAACUUUUGGAGUAACCACCAACAAACCAUCAAACUCUCCAAGUCCAGCAAAUACUUCCACAGUACCCAACGUGGCAGAUCUUCCCACAGCUCCGAAAACAGCAGCGACAUCUGUGGCACCAACUGCACCAGACAUUUCUGCUAAUUCUAGAAGUCUGUCUCAGAUUCUAAUGGAACAAUUGCAAAAGGAGAAACAGCUGGUGACUGGUACAGACAUUAGCCCUGAAGAGUGUACUAAAAAUGAUGAUCAGGGAAAUGAAUUAUGUGUUGAUAAAAUAUCAAACUCUGACAAGUCUUUGAUACAAGAUAGUGAAUUGAAAACUGCUGCUGCCUUACAGUUAGACAGUUCUAAGACUAAGGAAAUUGAAACUUCUAAUAAAAACGAUAUGGGUCCUGAUAAAGUAAAUGCCAAUGAAAGAUUAAAUGUUCUGGGGAAUGCAGACAAUUCAAAGGAAAAGACUGUUACAUCAGAAGCAGAUAAAACUGAAGAUGUAAUUCAGUGCAGUAGUGAUACAGAUGAAGACUGUUUAGUUAUUGAUACAGAGUGUAAGAAUAAUAGUAAUGGGAAAACAGCUGUUGUGAGUUCUAAAUCACCAAAUCCAUCCUCAGGACAGGCUUCUGUAGGAAACCAGACCAAUACUACUUGUAGUCCUGAAGAGUCGUGUAUUUUAAAAAAACCUAUCAAAAGAGUAUAUAAAAAAUUUGAUCCAGUUGGGGAAAUUCUAAAAAUGCAGGAUGAACUCUUAAAGCCAAUUUCCAGAAAAGUGUCUGAAUUACCCUUAAUGAAUAUGGAAAACUCUAAAGAGCCUCCUGUUUCCGAGCAGCCUUCUGCUCCUUCAGAUGAUGCCUCUAGUUGGCCAAAAUCUCUCUGGCCAUCUGCGUUUCAGAGGCCCAAAGGACGAUUGCCAUAUGAACUUCAGGACUAUGUUGAAGAUACAUCAGAAUAUCUAGCUCCUAAGGAAGGAAAUUUUGUUUAUAAGUUAUUUAGUCUUCAAGACCUAUUGUUACUCGUGCGUUGCAGUGUCCAGAGGAUAGAGACAAGACCACGUUCUAAAAAACGGAAGAAAAUCAGAAGACAAUUUCCAGUUUAUGUGCUACCAAAAGUGGAGUAUCAAGCUUGUUACGGAGUUGAAGCUCUGACUGAAAGUGAACUUUGUCGCUUAUGGACUGAAAGUUUAUUGCAUUCCAACUGCUCAUUUUAUGUUGGGCAUAUUGAUGCAUUUACUUCAAAACUUUUCCUGCUUGAAGAAAUUACCUCAGAGGAAUUAAAAGAAAAGCUAUCAGCUCUCAAGAUUUCAAGUUUAUUUAACAUCUUCCAGCACAUCCUAAAGAAAUUAAGUAGCUUGCAGGAGGGUUCCUACUUGUUGUCUCAUGCAGCAGAAGAUUCUUCACUCCUGAUCUACAAGACCUCUGAUGGAAAAGUUACUAGGACAGCAUACAAUUUGCAUAAAACACACUGUGGUUUGCCUGCUGUACCUUCUAGUCUCUCAGUUCCCUGGGUCCCAUUAGAUCCCAGUCUCUUAUUACCAUAUCAUAUCCAUCAUGGAAGAAUACCUUGUACGUUUCCACCUAAAUCACUAGGCCCCACAGCACAACAAAAGGUUGGUGGAACAAGAAUGCCUACACGAAGCCGCAGGAAUCCAGUUUCCAUGGAAACCAAAAGCAGCUGCUUGCCUGCUCAGCAAGUUGAAAAUGAAGGAGUGGCUCCAAAUAAAAGAAAAAUAACUUAAGGGCUAUAACAUUGAAAAUAAAAUUCCAGAGAAAACAGUUAUAACAAUGUUAAAUUUAGAGAAGUUGGAAGGGAAAUAUGCCUAUAAGAGCAGAAGGCAAGAAGAAAAUUUUUAUUUUAGUGACCUUGAUAGUUCCUAGAGUGCCUUGAAAAAAUAAAUAUGUUGGCCAUGUGAACUAAAACAGAAUGUUAUGCUAUUAACUCUUAUGUUUGAAGAAAAUCUAAAUGUGUUUUAACAUUAUCAUGACAGGGGAAUAAAUGAAGGAAGAAAAAUAUUUUUAUACUAGCUCUUUUCUAAAAAUUGUAAAUAGGAUACAAAUCUGCUUUUUUCAAGAACAACAUUUAUCAUUAUAUAUUAUGUUAAGAAUUUAUGUCUCCAUUCUAUUGAGAUUGGCUUAAAGGGUUAAAUCUUGCCACUGUCAGAGGUCAUUUUGAACAGUGUAACCCUGUCUCUGACCCAUUGUGACAGUUUUUAUAUACUACUUUAAAAUGAGGAUUGUUGCAGUUUAAUAAAGUUAGUAACUUAAAAAUUUUGGCAGAAUUAUGUUGCAGAAGCCAAAAAUAAAUAUAAAAACCCCUGCCCCUGAAAA